AUGCCUGGCCCUUGGGGAACUCAGCCCCUUGAGGACCCCCAUGGUGGAGCCUCGGGGACCGAGCCCCACAUCUUGAGAACCCCCAGUUCCAGCCCUUGGGACAACCACUCCAGCCCCACAUCCACCCUUAGUGGGCAGUGGGAUGGUGACAGCCAUGCCCACUCUGUGCAGAUCACGGUGUCUGAGUACGAUGACGUGCGGAGGGAUGUCAGCAGCAUGUACCACAAAGUGACCCUGGGUGAGCUGCAGCGCAUCACCCCUACGCUCAAGUGGAAGCGCUUGCUGGACCGCAUCUUCCACGACAACUUCUCGGAGGAGGAGGAGGUGGUGCUGCUGGCCGCCGACUACAUGCACAAGGUGUCCGACCUCAUCCGUGUGACACCCAGCAGGAUCCUUCACAACUACAUGCUGUGGCGCAUCGUGGUGGUGCUGAGCGAGCACCUCUCCACCCCCUUCCGUGACGCCAUCCACGAGCUCUCCAAGGAGAUGGAGGGCAACGAGAAGCAGCUUGAGCCGGGUAAGAUCUGCCUGAGCCAGGCCAACAAGCACUUCGGCAUGGCCCUGGGUGCCCUCUUCGUUGAGGAGCACUUCUCCUCUGCCAGCAAAGCCAAGGUGCAACAGCUGGUGGAGGAUAUCAAAUACAUCCUGGACCACCGCCUGGAUGAGCUGGACUGGAUGGAUGAGGAGACACGGAGAGCGGCCAGAGCAAAGCUCCGGUACAUGAUGGUGAUGAUUGGGUACCCUGAUUUCCUGCUGAAGCCAGAGGCCAUUGACAAGGAGUAUGAGUUUGAGGUGGAUGAGAAGACCUACUUCAAGAACAUCCUUAACAGCAUCGCCUUCGGCAUCAGGCUCUCGGUGAAGAAGAUCCGUCAGGAGGUGGACAAAUCCGCGUGGCUGCUGCCUCCCCAAGCACUGAAUGCCUACUACCUGCCCAACAAGAACCAGAUGGUGUUCCCUGCUGGCAUCCUGCAGCCCACCCUCUAUGACCCUGAGUUCCCACAGUCGCUGAACUAUGGUGGGAUUGGCACCAUCAUUGGGCAUGAGCUGACCCACGGCUACGAUGACUGGGGGGGGCAGUACGACCGGCACGGGAACCUGGUGCACUGGUGGACGGAGCGGUCGUACAGCAAGUUCCUGAAGAAGGCGCAGUGUAUCGUCAACCUCUAUGACAACUUCACUGUCUACAACCAGCGGGUGAACGGCAAACACACACUGGGGGAGAACAUCGCUGACAUGGGGGGGCUCAAACUCGCCUACUACGCCUACCAGAAGUGGGUGCGGGAACACGGACCUGAGCACCCCCUGCACCACAUGAAAUACACACACGACCAGCUCUUCUUCAUCGCCUUUGCCCAGAACUGGUGCAUCAAGCGGCGAUCCCAGUCCAUCUACCUGCAGGUGCUGACAGACAAGCACGCCCCCGAGCACUACAGGGUCCUGGGCAGUGUCUCGCAGUUUGAGGAGUUUGGACGGGUUUUCCACUGCCCCAAGAACUCUCCCAUGAACCCGGUGCACAAGUGCUCAGUGUGGUGAGGCCGAUCCCCCUCUGGCAGGCUGGCAGCCCCCAUCCUCAUCCCUUCCUGAGUCCCACCCUGUGCCCACUCCCCACCUUUCCGUCUCCCCUUCCU